GUUAUUUAGUGCAACCCGAAAUGGCUUUAGUCAAGUCGUACGAGAAAUGUGAGUAAGUCUACAAUGCCGAAAGCUAAAAUAUCUUACGUUCAAAACGACGAACCCGAUUUCAUAAAGAAAUUUAAGCAGAGAGUUGGCUACAAAGAAGGUCCUACUGUUGACACCAAGAGAGAGGUUCCAAAUUUUGAUGAAGAUGAUGACAGAGAAGAGACUGAUGACGAAAAGCCAGUGGUUGUACAACUGCGAGAGGGGGAUCUAAGUGCUGAGGAGGUGGACAGGCUGCAAAGUAAUGAAGAACCCCCAGCAGAUGGGAAGAUCAAGUUCAAGAAACCAGCGAAGAGGAGUGGCUCAGAUACACCAACAGAAUUAAACACCAGCUCAAAGAAAAAAAAGGAGGAGAAAAGCGAGAAAAAGAAAUCUGGGAAAGCCGUCAAAAACUCCACGCUACUGUCAUUUAAUGAGGAGGAGGAGGAUGCCACAUAGCCUGUCUGAAGGGGGGGGGGGGGGGGGGGUGUUCACUCGCUGAAUGAGUCCGUUGAUCUGAUGGAGGAGAGUGAUGAGUUUCGUUGUGUGAAUUUGUAUUUAGAAGUCACAUCCUGGACAUCAACUGUAUAACUUCUGUGGAUGUCACUGGGUCAGCACUCCACAACAUAUGACUGCACUUCUAAUAUGGUUGAAUUUUAUGUAAUAUUUCAUAUACUUUCUAAUACUUCUCAUUACCAGCUCAUUAGAGUUAUCGCUCUUUGAUGACUCUUGUGCGUCAUUGGUAAGAAAAUGCACAAGUCUCGCGAGCAAGUGCGAGAUUACUGGGACAUAAACGAAACGUUCAUAGCAUCCCCUCUUUUUUAAGUUAAAGUACAUUGUGUAUUUUUAAAUAAAAUAGCCAUUGGUCAAACUGCAUUUUAAAAAUAUUCUACCACUAGUUUAUCAAGGAUGUUACAUGCUUUUUUUAAAACUCUCCUACACCUAUUCUAAAAAUUCCAAACAACGAUGUUCUCUGUCCUAAGUCAAUCAAUAUUUUGUAAUUUUCAAAAUAUAGCUUAGAUGCAGUUUUGAAACGCAUUUGUUGUGUUAAUUAGUGUUAUAAACGUCUAAAAAAAAAAAAAAAAAAGGCAGUUUGGCAAAUAUAUAACAUAGUCUAAAAUAUUGGAAAAUGAGAGAGAGAGAGAGAGAGAGAGAGAGAGAGAGAGAGAGAGAGAGAGAGACAUGAUUGAUUACAAAGUCCAUGCCAUAUGAACCUGUCCAAAUUGUAGGAUAAAAUAGAAUGUCUUCAUAGUCUGACAGAAUAAUUUUAAUAACAUAUGAAUCCCAUUAAUUACAAGAAAAGUUAUUGUGUCGGAUGUGCAUAUUGGUUUUUCCCUACACAGUUCUUCUUGCGAUUGAUGCUUUAUAUCAGUCAGAUUUGACAGAUUUAGUACCUGCACUCAAUCACAUAGUUUAAUAAGUUCGUCCGGUUUUUUUUGUAAAAAUAAUCAAUUCCUAAAUUUGCCUUUAGAAUUUUAACCAGUGUCGUGGUUUGCAGUCGGUUAUACAUGUAAUAUGCAUUCGAUACCAUACUUUAUAUUACGUAUGCCUAAGUAAUGUUUACGUAUGUUGUCCCGGUAUCACGACUUUACGCGCCUUUAAUUUGAAGAGUUCCACUAAUGGAAAUUAUAAGUAUUGUCAAUACAUACAUGUUCCUCUCCCAAUUUAUUGCAUAAAAAUACUUUUUGAUGCUCAGUUUGUUUCUGUUUGUAUAUACUAAGCAUCAUACUCCCAGCAAAUAAAUCAUUAUACUCCAAGGAAAGUUUGUUGGAAUGUUCAUUUUGGUACAUUAAGGUCGGUACGUUC